GUGCUAGCCUGCAGAAGGAUGUGACAAUAAGAGAGCUUAUCAUCACACUAAAUAACAGUAGCUGGCAGGAGAAGUGGGCCAUUAAUCCAGAUAUAGCUUUCGUGUGUCUUACGUCACUACAGCCGUCGGAUUCUAUCUCGCCCGCUUUAUUCUCUCGACAAUUCAGCGCGAUUGGCGGCAUGGUGGGUUAGAUCCGUUCAAUCAUCUCUGGCUCAGCCAUCAAUUCUUUGACCUAUUCUAAUUUGUUGGCAUCUGACCACAGGAAGCUCUUUCUGUAAAUUGCAAUGGGAUUAUAUCUCAGUAGUCCAAAGACAGAUAAAUUUUCAGAAGAUGGUGAAAAUGAUAGAGUAAGAUAUGGCUUAUCUUCUAUGCAAGGAUGGCGUGCAAGUAUGGAAGAUGCAGUGAGUGAUCAUCUGGCACCCAGUUGUGCAUUUGUUUCAUGCAUCUGUCAUGCAGCAAUUCCAGAUCUUGAUAGUUGCACAUCAUUCUUUGGUGUUUAUGAUGGUCAUGGAGGGAAAGUUGUUGCCAAGUUUUGUGCCAAGUACCUUCACACACAAGUUGUUAAAAAUGAGGUGUAUGCAAAGGGCGAAUUAUGUGAAAGCCUUCAAAGAGCUUUUUUCAGGAUGGAUGAAAUGAUGCGUGGACAAAGAGGAUGGAGAGAAUUGGCUAUACUAGGGGAUAAGUUCAACAGAUUUACUGGCUAUUUGGAGGGAUUUAUUUGGUCUUCUCCCAAGCAUACAGAAGGCAAAGAUGAAAAACAAGAAGACAAUUGGGCAUUUGAACCAGGGCCACAUGCAGACUUUUCUGGGCCAAGUUCAGGAAGCACAGCAUGUGUUGCGCUUAUACGAGACAGUAAACUUAUUGUUGCAAAUGCUGGUGAUUCACGUUGUGUUCUUGCAAGGAAGGGUCAGGCUAUCGAGAUGUCACAAGACCACAAGCCAGAGCUUGAAAAUGAAAGGGAGAGAAUUCUUCGGGCAGGAGGCUUUAUUCAUGCGGGUCGUGUCAACGGAAGUUUAAAUUUGGCCAGGGCUAUUGGAGACAUGGAAUUCAAACAAAAUAAAUUUCUCUCUGCAGACAAGCAAAUUGUAACAGCUGAUCCAGAUAUAAAUAACGUGGAUCUGUGUGAGGAUGACGAGUUCAUUGUUUUAGCAUGUGAUGGAGUCUGGGAUGUCAUGACAAGCCAGCAGGUCGUUGAUUUUGUGCGUGAAAACAUUAACAAUGAGGCUAAGCUUUCAACAGUUUGUGAGAAGCUGCUUUCUAAAUGUCUUGCGCCAUCAACAACUUUAGGUGAGGGUUGUGACAACAUGACCAUUAUCAUAGUGCAAUUCAGGAAAAAAUCUCAAAUAGAAGGCAAUGUGAGCACAUAAGAUUCAUAUUGACUUUCCAAAUUUUUACUGACUAUUAUGUAAAGUUUACACAUGCUUCCGGUUUUUAUGUAUUCAGAUAUUGUACUCAUCUACUCUAUGAUAGUGAAAAAUGUAACCAUAAUAACUCCAAAUGUCAUUCAGAUAUUCAAUGUUCAUAAGUAUUCGUGUUUUCAAAAGAUUUA